AUGGCUACCACCACCUUUCUCCUACACCUUAUCUUCAUCUUCUUCUCCAUUCUUUAUGCUUCUUUCGCAACCAGAAAACUCACUGAGUCACUUCCCGAUUCCUCCGACUUAAUGAAAUACCACAACGGUCCUCUCCUCUCCGGCAACAUCUCCGUCAACGUUAUAUGGUACGGAAACUUCAACCCCGCUCAGAAAUCCAUCAUCUCCGAUUUCAUCACCUCCCUCUCCGUCUCUAGCUCCUCCACAUCCCCCAAACCCUCCGUCGCCUCAUGGUGGAAGACCACCGAUAAAUACCACACCAAAUCAAACAACCCCACCACAUUAUCUCUUUCACUCGCUAAACAAACGUCCGACACAACGUAUUCCAUCGGAAAGUCAUUAACAAACGACCAACUCGUUAAACUCGUUGCUAACCAUGCAUCGGAAAACACCGUCAACAUUGUCUUGACGGCGGAGGACGUAACAGUUACUGGUUUUUGCUCCGGCAGAUGCGGCACCCACAAGUCAAGUUACAAAGUUAAUGGCCAUGGAAGUAAAGGAAAGAAAUACAGAUUUGUAUACAUUUGGGUUGGCAACUCGGUGACUCAGUGUCCGGGUCAAUGCGCGUGGCCGUUUCACCAACCGAUUUACGGACCACAGGGUGCACCACUGGUCGCACCCAACAACGAUGUGGGUGUAGACGGAAUGGUGAUUAACCUGGCUAGCUUAUUGGCUGCUACAACUACUAAUCCGUUUGGAAAUGGGUAUUAUCAGGGGGAUGCGAGUGCACCAUUAGAAGCUGCAUCCGCGUGUCAAGGGGUAUAUGGGAAGGGGGCGUAUCCAGGGUACCCUGGGGAUUUGUUGGUGGAUGGUACUACGGGUGCAAGUUUUAAUGCGUAUGGUACAAACGGAAGGAAGUAUUUGGUUCCCUCUUUGUUUGACCCGUUGACUUCUACAUGUUCCACUUUGGUUUAA